AUGGGUCAGACUCAAAGCGAUGAAGAAGUGAGGCUCGCAGAUAUCCAGCCUCUUUACAUCGUGUUCAUGAAAGAGUGCCCGAGCGGAGCUCUGCAUCUUCACGAGUUCCGCAAAAUCUUCGGGAUUAAAAGCACAUCGGAGGACGAAGUGUUGUUCAUCGAAACAAUAUUCAAAUCCUUCGACACAAACAAAGAUGAUGUCAUAGACUUUAUGGAAUUCGUAGCAGCUGUCCAUCUGGUACUGAGAGGAAAACUAGAGGACAGAUUGAGGUGGUUUUUUAAAGUGUAUGACAGAGAUGAAAAUGGAAAGCUGGACAAACAAGAGGUCAAGCAUAUUAUAAAGGUAAGAUCAGGGGGCGGAAAAUGUAGAAAGACACUUGACAUGACACACCAUGAAAUUUGUGACAGGAUAUUUGACCUUAUAGAUGAAAACAAAGAUGGUCAGAUAUCCCUGUCAGAGUUCUUGGAAGGUGUUCAAAAAGAUGCCUGGAUUAUGGACAUGCUAAAACUGGACAUUAAUGCAAGUGGAUGGUUCAAUGAAAACUGGGGGAAAACAACAUGAGUUUUCAAUCUAAGGUCAAGACCCAUGGGUCAUGUGUUUGCCCUUUAACAAGCCUUCAAUUGCUGGGGGUCUGCAAACCGGAAAGACCUGAAGAGGAGGUCAGAAAAUAUUUGCUCUGAGUCACAGGGGAGCACGCGUCUUGCACACUGAUCACGUUGAACAUUGACGUACAGCCAGUCCGGAUUUGUUCAAGCAAAUUACAGCCCCAUUGUUUUCCGGGUGUGGUGACAAAGUUGGUAUUUUUAUGACUGUUGGAUAUAAUAUUGCCAAACUGGAUUACGUAGCUUGCUGUGUCUGGAAGAAUAAACUGCCAUUACACUGUCUGGUUGCCAGCCUUGACAACUGUUUACUUGUUUUAACAAUACCAGAACUCAGAUAUGCCAUUCCCAUACCUAUAAUACAUAUUUUUUCUUUUUCUAACUAUUUACUAGCGACAAUCCUGGAAAGACUUGCUAAUCUGUUACCAUGGAAACGAAAACAGCGUGCAGGUUCCCUACCUGCCCUCCCUCACAAAAACAAACAUCAUCUAACAGUUUAUCAUUGGUAGUGAAUAAAUUGAGUGGGGGGAAAUAUUUUGAUAGAAACAUUUCAGUUAAAUAUAAGUUAUGCAAUACGUUUAAAAUGUUCAGUUUAAAAUGAGGACAAUGCCGUGGAAAACCGAGGAGUGCUGCCUGUCGGUACACGAUCCGUCCGCGUAUGCGCAUAAUGACGUAGUAGAAAACGCACAUGCGCACAUUAUAAUUCUGUUUUGCGACGAUUUACGACACUGCACGAUCUGUUCCACGCUUGCGCACCAUGAUACCGCCACUUUCACUAGUGUCCACCUUUGGUCUCAUGUCACUUGUGUGUGCAAACUAUGCGUUCUUUAAAGUCAUUUCCAUUGUCAGUUUGAAAUACUCUGUAACGUUUCCCCAGACUUGUUUGUAGUUCUUUCUUCAUGUAAGCGCAGAUAGUCUAGGCAGAAAUGCAUAUUAUGUUCCUUAUUGUCUUCUGUAAACACCAUUGAAGGGAUUAUUUUCCUCAUUUAGAUUAUAUAGAUUAGCCUAUAUAGACCCAUACUAAUACAAAAUUACUCAAUCUAAAGUUAACUAAUAUUAGCAGCUUUUAAUAAAAAACCGACACAAACCGUCUUUGACAAUACUACGGACCUCAGAUCGAAACACAGCAAGUAGGCCUACUGCCCUCAAACCCGUCUCUGGUGACGUCAUCACCGCUACUCACAGUCACAGAGUUACGCCAUUUCGUUGUGCGUUUGCACUAGCAACAUUUUUCUACAAACAAUAUAAAGUUAUCUCUGCGACAAAAUGAUUCUUUAAGAAGGUCAUACCUACGUUAUAUGUUUGAGAUGAGGUUUACGGUGGCAGUGAAGUGGGCACCAAAUCAAAAACGCACCACUCACGGAGUAUGUAACUUAACAGGUUUACACCAAAAGUUGAUGCGACUCAGGUAAUGUAAACUUCGCGUUUGAUGUUGUAACUAUUGUUUUUUGUAUUGCGCUAAAAGCACCAGCGUGCUUUUAAAUGUGUUAUAUAUUAUUGUAAAAAUAUUUCCUCAUGUAGAAAUUAGAAACGCUGUUGUACUCGCCGUUGUUGUUGGACCUUUCAGGCGAACAUGGAAAAAUCGGUUCAACCAAUGGCGUGAGUUUGGGGAGGGGCUAUCUGACUGUUUGGGUAAUCUGUUUGUACUGUUUUAUGUCGCUAGGUGUUUUGAUGGAAUUUACAUAUACCAGUCAAACAAAUGCAAUUGAGAUGUCAAAUGAUAUCAGCAUCAAAAUUCUAGCUUUAGAGGAAUUGCUUAUUUUGCAUCCAUAAUAUACUUUUUUUUCUCUUUUUUUAUUCUGAAUACAGGUAUUUAUUGCACACAUGAUGUAUUCCUUUUUCAUUCAGCUACUGAGACUCGACAGUUGGCUUAUACAGUACAUUGCUGUGUGUUGCAGAAGGGCCUAGAAGUACAAAUAAGAGUCAUAAUCAAAAACAUUUUUCCAGGAAACCGCCUGGAGCCGUUAGACUUGUCUUGCGCAUUUAUUAUUUAUGUCUGUUUUGAGUUCACAUACAGUAUGCCAACUUUACAAGGCAUACAAUACAUAAACCCAAGCAUGUAAUGUACAUGUUGUUGUGUUUGCUUAGGCGAGUUAUAUAAACAACAAGUGAAGGUCACACACACGGCUUGAACGGAUCACCUCAGUUUACUAUCUCUCGUGCCACUCACUCUCACAACGCAUGCGCACAUCAGAUAACCACAUAACCUAGCGGCAGAACACAGGACAUGCAGGAUAUAACACAUGUAUCAUUUAUGUACAAAAAUAAACCUUAUUUUUCUAUGAUUUAUCGGCCUGAAUGCGGAGACAGAUUUAUUCCAGCAUGUUGCCAAAGAUGGUGCUUAGCAAUGAACUAUUCUUAACAGUGACAAACCAUGUUAUUUCUUUUACCCAUAGGCCUAUAGCUCAUCUCUUGGCUGAACCGCUAUUAACCCCAGUAAAUCACCCAGGUUUUGCUUUUUAUGGGCCUUUUGGAAGACACGUUAAAAUCCUUGAAUUCAUUUUUUUCAAACUUUGUUAGGUUUUUUCUUAUAUCAUUCAAUCAUAUCUCAAUAUGUGAUCAAGGCAUCGUGGGAAUCCUUAUACCUCAACAUUACAAAAUGACUACAUGUCGUUCUGUCUCGUUCUUUUACUGCUUAUCUGGGUUUGGUGUUCCUGAGAGAUGACAUAAAAAUGAAUUUCUGUUGCAUCAAAGAACUUGACACAAGCAGUGUUCUGAAAUCGUUCCUGGCUGUCUAUUCAAAAUCCAUGUGGUUUUCUGGCCCUCCAUAACAAGUGCAUUAAAAUUCUCACUGACAUAGUUUCCCCAGUCGCCAGGAAGAUGCUAAAUAGGCUGGAGGGUGGUGGUGUGUUAGACGCUGUUAAAAUUCAACACAUCAGAUACAGUUUACAGCAACGGUGCAUAAAAGAAUGCAGUGAAAUUUACAAUGUGCAGAAUGAAAGGCUGUAUCAUAUACAGUAUGCACUAUAAGGAAAGGCAACAAUAAAACGAAAAAGAGACGUUUUAUUCUUGUGUAGAACAUGUCCAUACAAUUAUUGAAAUAGGUGCCUUGAAAAAUCACACUUGUCUGUUCGACAGCUCCAGACUAAACACAAAACAAAAAAGUUAUGAGGUAUGCUAUCCACAAAAGUAUUAUAGCUUUACUUUUACUGUCAACUGUCAUUUGUAUGUUUUUAGUUUUGUUGAGAAACGACCUCUGUGACAAAGUUGAUCAAUUACGCAUAACAUUUAGGUAACAUUGAGGAAACCUGUGCGGAACUCUUUGCUCUAUCCAUAAUGCACAGUUGUAUGCUGUUGAGAUUGGAGAAUGUGCAUCUAUGUUUAGUGAGCUGGAAUUUGAGCAAUGAGACGAAGGCAGCAGGAGAGCAGACAGCGGACAGAUCACAUGAUUCAACAGCGACAGAAGGGCUUCAAUAUGGAAACCCCAUAAAACGUUGUUGGUUUUAUUGACCAGAGAUACCCAUGCAUGAACUGUCCUAUAUGUCGAGGGCGGGAGUAACUUUGAAGACGUUAAAUAAAUAUGACAAUUGACCAUUUAGAGAGACAUUUGUUUGGAAAACGAUUAAUACGGUAAAGUACUGUAUGUGUGUCAAGGUUCAACUGCAUAUUUAAGGGUGUAAAAAAACAUUAAACGGUUAAAAUUGUGCGUCUUGCCCUUUAAAAUCCUUUAUUUACUAUAAAUGUAAUAAUGCCAACAGGUUUUAGAGUGUUGUUCAUUUUAUGAAAUCCAUUAAAUCUGUAAGAAGUCCUCACAAAUAUUGCUGCAGAGGUGUGUGUGUACUGUAUGUAUGUGCAGUGCGCUCUUGAAAAGUGUCACUGUUGCUAUAGGGAAGCUGAAGCUGUGUGAUUUGAUGACAGUUUGAUGGGACUGUGUGACAGCUCUAAAGGAAAGUGACGGAAAGUGAAGGAAAUUCUUAUAAGGAAAAGGACACUUUUAUACCAUAACAUUAUUACUGUAGUAUAAUGUAUAUGUGUGUACUGUGCACAGUCUGCAAAUGUUCUGCAUAACCUGAUUGACAUGCAAAUUUGCCAAAAUGUAAUUGUGUGAAAUCCUGUAUCCCACAAUUCAACGAACGUGACUUGAAUAAACGUGACGUCUCCAGCUGUGAGCUUGAGCGUCUCUAUUGUCAUUUAUAUUAAAGGGACAGUUCACCCAAAAAUGAACUAAUAUUUACUCACCCUAAAGGUGCUCCAAAUCUGUAUAAAUUUCUUUGUUCUGAUCAACACAGAGAAAGAUAUUUGGAAUAAUGCUU